CCCAAAUCCCCGUUCAGGCCCGGGGAGGGCGACGCUGAAAGCUCGACAAACAGCAGUGUGCUGAGACGCUCCGUCUGCAGGAAUAUGUUUUAAAUGGCUUUCCUCAUGGCUCCUUUCGGUGCAGUGUGGACGCCAAUGUGACGGUUUAAAGUGGAGGAUCACGUUGUGACAGAGGAUGUGAUUCCCAAACACCUCAGGAGAAUGACCGCCGCGAGAAGCCGACUCUUUUGGAUGUAAGUAAAGGCAGGCUUCUGACAACUGGCCAUUGGGAGAUCCAGCUCAGCGCCCAGUUCUGGCAAACAUGCACAUGGGUCACCCUCUCCACGGGUGAACGGAGGAACAAAGGUCCGACCUGGAACCAGCAGAGAUCCAGCGCGAGCAUUAACACGGACAUUCGGCAGCAGCCAUGUCACUCUCUACAGUGCUAGCGAAGGCGCUGUUUGACAAUGCGGCAGAGAGUCCAGAGGAGCUGGCGUUCCGCAAAGGCGACAUACUGAUGGUUCUGGAGCAGGAGCAGGAUGGGGGACCUGGUUGGUGGCUCUGUUCCCUCCAUGGCCGCCAAGGCAUUGCCCCAGCCAACCGAUUACGCCUGCUCCAAACCGCCCCCGCUCCAGCUCCUGUCCAGCCAGGCACUGACACCCGACGGACUCCUAGUGUGGACUCAGUUUAUCUCUCUCCUGGCCAGCAAGCCCGUGCAAAUGGCAUGUCCACAGAAGAUGCAGAUGGGGUGUACCUGUCGCCACCGAGUCUGGGGGAAGGGGUGUACCAGAGUCCAGGAGGGGCAUCAGGACCAGCCAGGCAGGGGGAGCUCCGCCAAGCUGAAGGCAGGCGCCCCCGCUCUCACUCUAGCUCUGGUCCCAGGCCAAGGCCUGACUGGGGGGAGAUUGGGGUGGAGGGGCGGCCUCGCUCCCCCUCUCUCAGAGGACGGCUCGGUGAGACUGGGUCAGUUUACCAAACCCCUGCUUCACCCGCAUCACUAGCAACACAAUAUAGAUCUCAGGGUGCUUUAGUGUCAGAGUCAGUGUACCUCUCUCCCAGUGCUGUGAGUAGACCUCCAGGGGAAGCAGCAGGAGAGGUUGCCUAUUUAACCCCAAGGGAGUCGGGGGCCGCGGGGCAUUCGGACAACUGCUAUCUGGUCCCUCGGCCCACCAUGGCAGCUUUACCCAACGAGGAUUUGUAUCAAACUCCGACGAGUGGGGCUCCGGCGGCAGGACAGUGUGCUUCAGCGCCUGUUGCCAGGCUUCAAGAUGGAGCUGCAACCAGCCAGCCCAAAGCAGGUCAGGAAGCCCCGGGGAUGUACCAAACCCCAACCCCGCCAGGGGGAGCCAUGUCAAGGACUCCGCAAACGGAGCGCAAACUACCUUCAGGGUCUACAGUGGUAUCGCCCGCCUCAGGACAAAAUCUAAAGCAGACACCCCCUGCGGUGAGAAACCAGGGUCCCUCUGCCACACCACCCGCGGGUCGUGGGAAGCUAUCCCAGGCUGCAAUGUGGGGGUCCCCUCUUCUUGUUCGUGCAGGAAAAGCCGGGGUGCCAGGAUCUCCAAACUUUGGCCGGAAGCCCCCUCCACCAGCACCACCGGUUAGAGGCGUAACCAGGAAGGAUGUACCUCAGUCUGCAGCAGUGUCUGCCAUGAAACCUGUUCUCCAGGCAGGCCCUGCACUCCUGCUGCCCAAUAAAGAGGAAGAACAAAGACAAAGAAGUAAAGAUGGAGUGAAACAGGAGGAAGAGAAGAAAAAGACCACAGAGGUGACAAAGAAAGGAGAAAGCAAACAGUGUGUGACUUCUGAUGAUGGAAAACUUGUUGAUCAGGUGUAUGAUACUCCACCCACCAACAGAUGGCAGCACCCAGUCCCUGCGGUAUCUGUGGAGGAGGAUGACAGCAUUUAUAACACCCCCCGCACCGUCCCCUUACUCACUGACCAGCGAUCAGAGAUUUAUGAUGUUCCCACCCUUGGUCUGAAUCCAGCCUGCAAUGUCCCAGCAAGCGCUGAAGCGGAAGAUGAUGUUUACAGCAUUCCAAGUCUUCCAGGUCUGCCAUUGGAAUCUGGUGAGAUGCCCGGAUCUGUGGUGGUGGACGCAGGAGGAAAGUCUGAAGUUUACUCCAUCCCUAGUCCAGGAAAACCAGACUUAGCACCUGAGGAUGUCUCCGAAGUUGAUGGUGGCAUCUAUGACAUGCCUGCUCUCACUCUGGAUGUCCCGAUCCGCCGCCUGUCUGUUUCCAGCACCGGCUCUGGUGACUUCCAGUGGAAAGGUUCCCUCUCAAUUCUCGUCCAAUCAGCACUGAGCUCUGCCUCAGUCACCACCACAUCUUCCAGGGACCUAGCCUCCUCGUUGGCUGAGAUACUUUCCAUGUGGAAGGCGGGUCAAGUUGGGGAUAUCCCGCCUCCUCUUCAGCAGAUCUGGUCUAGGCUCGCAGACCUUCUCCCCGCCCUCUCUGUGUGUGGCUCCGCCCCUCCAGCCGACAGCCUGCUUUCUAUGGUUCGCCGAGCUCUAGAGGACUCUGCCUCCCUCUUGCAGACUCAGACUAGGCCCCGCCUCCCUUCGCAGGAGUCUCUGUCGCGGAGGCCGCUUCCUGCCCUGCCAGUGGCUGAGGUCAAACCUAUGGCGGGAGGGAUGGGCUCACGUAAGGGCAGCUGGAUCCAGGAGCGCCCGCUGCCCCCUCCUCCACCUGCAGCUUUCCCCUUGCCCCCAGCACCCACCUCUCUGCCACCUUCCAUACAGACAACCGAGGAUGAGGAGCAAGGGAACGAGUAUGCAGGGAUCGGACUAACCCCUGCACCCCCUCCUUCAUACCCUGCAGGAGACAGCGUGGGAUACGUCAAACUGCAGGGAAAGCCAGAGCCAUCUCCAGAUUCACAGAUAGAGAAUGGCACAUCACAUGUCAUCCCCACAAGCGAUGCCAGAUUGAGUCCAUCUCCUCCAAUCCAAGGCUCUCUGUCUCUAGAGGAUUCAGAACUUCUCUCAUUCUAUUCAUCCCAAAGCCUGGCUCACCUCUCCUGUCUGGGCGAUGCCAUUGACACACUGUUCACCAGCGUUCAGGAGAACCAGCCGCCACGGGUCUUUGUUUCCAAGGGGAAGAGUCUAAUUGUGACUGCACACAAGCUGGUUUUUAUUGGCGAUACGCUUGCCCGUCUCCUCAGCUCCUCCGACCUUAGGGCAAAGGUCACCACCUCUAGUGGACGUCUCUGUCAGGCCCUGAAGGCUGUUGUUGUUGCAACCAAAGGCGCUGCUCAGAAUUACCCAUCAGUUCCAGCCACGCAGGAAAUGGUGGACCGAGUGGCUGACCUUUCCCAGCAAGCUGCUGGUUUCUCUGGGCUCCUUCAGCGACUAGCAGAAAUAUCUUGAUAUCUUCUAUUAUUUUUUUAUUUUUUUCCCCUUUGGUUACAAAGUUUCAUGAUAGAAUGCCUUAUUUGUGGGUGUUUGUAUUUUUAUUACAUUUCUUUAUUGAUUGUAUUCAAAGAGGUAUUCUGAUUGAUUAUACCGGUAACACAGUGAUUCGAUGGUGAUGAUUGCCUCGAGAUGGUGAAUUUGUGGUUGUGUAUGUGUGUGUGCAUGAGUAUGGGUGCCAGUUUCUAAGUGUUUCGUUUGUUAUUGAAUUGUUUGUUGUUUUCUGGGUGCCUAGCACACUGUUGUGCAUCUUAAUAACUUAUUGAUGGGUGUUUGGUUUGGUGUGAGGAAUGUUUGCUGCACAUUUUGUAUUGGCUUUCAUUUGUAUUCGGUUGAUUUAGAACAAUGUUGAGUUUAUGGUUGAUGGUCGCGCACACGGCACAAUAAUAUGUGGUUAGGUCAGGGGCUGUUUUUCUCUCUUUCACAUGUACAAAAUAAAUAGGCUACUCAGUGGUUGUGUUUAUUUAGGUACAGCAUUAUACAGAUGGUGUGAAUUGUCACAUGAAACAGGUUAAGGUCUAUUCACACCAAGCUGAACAAUAACUGCACUGUUGCCUCAGCAAGUUUUAAAUGGGGAUAUUUAACCAAAUAAUUGUGGUGAACAGGCAGUUUGGCACAAGCCUCAUCUGAAAAAAAUGUCCUUGUCCUCUUGAUGGUAAAAAGGAUUGGAACUUAAUUUAUGUAAAAUAAAUGUAUUUAAAUCACAAUUGCAGAAUUGGUCAGAAAAUUUGUAGUUAUUCGGUAGGUAAGUAAGAUUUUUUGGACGAAAGUGCAAUUUUUGACGUAGUGGAACUUUCACACCAUGGUUUUGUAGUUUUGUUUAUUAACACUUUGAGAACUUUGAAAAAGACACAAACAAGGAUAUUUCAAGUAGUAGCAAUGAUGAAUUUUGUAUUUUUACUUUAAGCACUGCAACUCAAAGGCACACAAACCAAGUACAAUCAUUUUACAAAAAAAGAAAAACUACCCGUUUUACGCUUAGAUAAACAAAAAUAUAAAUAGUUACUAUGUUUUACUAAUUGACCAUCAUUCUCAACCUCUCAGCUACUAUCUGCUAUGUAUUUUAUGUAACCCCCACUUUUUAUAAUUAGCUAGCAUGCUUGUUACAAGCAAGAUAAUUUGUUCUGCUGCCAUUUGUUUGGACUGCAACCAUGACAGCGGAGCUCUAAUUGGUCAGCCUGAUGUGAACACUGAACGCAGAAAAUGGAGGCAGCUCUGAUUAAAAACUUCACUCUGGGUUGCAGUCGGACUCGACCUGAAUUAAAAUGCAGUUUUCAAGACGUGUUUUUUUUCCCCUUUGGUAAAAAUUGUGUCUUGGUGUGAAUAGGCCUUUAGGCUGCCACAGUUCAUGCCUUAAAAUAAAGAAAACAAAUCAUAAGACAUUUUCAGUCCGUACAGUGACAUAUUUUGAAUGAAACAUGCUAUAAUGGAGGAGCUUUGAGCUAGCAGAACAUCUAGCUUGAUAAUAGGUGAGUGUGUAGGAGCAAGAGGUAAAACAUCAUAUUGUUGGUUAAUAUUUUCUCUGUCUGCUGGUGCAUGUGACAUAAUUAAAAUUCUGUUUUAGAGACAGAAAUUUGAGACAGAAAUUUGGAUUAACAUAAAAACAAGAAUUUCAUUUUUUAAAUGGUAUGGUAUGAUGUUUCGUGCUUAAUGUGACCAGGGACCUAAUAGUGAUUUCAGACUGGCUUUCAAUGUCAUGAAGAGAAAAGCACAAGUGCUUAUUCAUCCAAUCUUAUCCAGGCUUGGUCGGAAUGUAUAUACAGGUGGAGAGGCAAGAAGGAACUCAUGCGUGAUUCAAUACAAAGAUAGGAAGCGCAGUUGAUAGAGGGAUUUUUGUAAUCCGUUGGAUUCUGUCCUUUCCCACGACAGUGACUGAAUCAGAAACCUGUUCAGCCAGUCCUCUUGCUCUCUGUUUUCUCCCAGCCUCUCUCCUUCUCUAUCUCACCCCUGGUUCCGAAAUUCUUUGCUUCUCUUCAUUUGCCCGCAUUUCUUCUCUUAGGCUGCAGUUCUGCAUGUAAAGACAGAAGCAUGCUCAUUGUGAAUGAACUUCAGGGAAACAACUAUUAGUCAUAUUAACAUCAUUAACAUAAAAGUGAAGUAACUGUUAGUUAAAUCACAAUACAAAAAAGGAGAAGCAAAUAUAGGCUACUGCAAGCAUCAAACCUGUUACCUGUGCUCAUAGAUGUAUGUUAUGCCUUUAACUGGAAUACAGCAAUAUAUAUAUCAGCCAAUUUGUAUGUGAAAUAUCAUGUAUAAAAAUGUGCUUAGAGUGGCUUUGAAGUUUCGCAAGUGUGUGUAUUGCUUACAUGUCACCAGUUUAAGGAUUACAUAUCUUUCUGUGGUACAUCCACAGGUCUGGGCAUAAACCUGUUACCUCUCUGUGUAGCAGUCAGGCUGAUAGAGCCGUCAUGGUUGUACAGCUCUCCCCCAUGGCCCAACAUCAGGCACAAUACCAGGAAACCUUAAUUCCUUACUUUGUCUUCCAUUUCUUUUUUUGAACCAUCUUAUCUUUGUCUUCUAGAUUCACCCUUCUCAGCAAUGUGAUGAAAGAAUCCUCUGUAUUGUUCUUGCUGCCGUGCUAGUGUUAUCUGUAACCUCAUGCACUGACAUGUUGGUCGGUCUGCUAGUGUUAACAUAGAUAGGCUGAAGUUUUGAAUUCUCAAAUUGCUUCAGCUGUAGCUGAUUGGUUUUUCCUCAUACCGCUUUCAGUACUGUCUCAGACCGCCACUAAGUGGAUCAUAUCAGUAUUACUGCACAACCCAGCAUUACAGUUGGGAGGAUUCUCAGCCCUGCAGACUCUCUCAUUCCGGCUGGAACUGCCUAUCUUACUAAAGCAUAAAGACUCAUAUCAUCUUCUCCUGAGUGACCUUCUCUUUAAAAGGAUUUUUAGUCAAUCAAAAAAGCUCAAAUACAUUUGAGUUUAUUGUAAUGCUUAGAUUAGAUGGCCUUAUAGAAAACAUCAUAAUCAUAUUUAUUGUUUGUUGUUUUAUGCAAUUGUAUGCAUGGCUUUAAGUUGAUCAAAUACAUAUAUAUGCACAUAUUACCAGGGAUGUUUUCCUGCAACAAAUUUUCAUUCAUAUUUCAAAAAGAAAAAAAAAUUGCUUUAAAAAUGUGGAAUUUUGUUGUCUUUUUUGUACUAGAAUGUAUUUUUGACACUCAUUCUUGUGCUUAUUUUACUCUUUAUUGGGUUUCGUUUGACACCUGGUAUGUAAUGGGUAAGUUCAUGGACAUUUGAUAUGUAGCUAGGCUUUCUCUGGUGCUUGUCAUAAAACCAUUUUUUCCAAAUACAGUUUUGUUACAACGCA